CAAUGGGAGCGGCGGAUGUUGGCGGGCCGGGAGGUGGCGGCGUUGCCACAGCAGCGGCGGUCGGAAACCGAGCCCAGCCCGAGCCGGCGGUCGGGGCGCGCCAUGGAGGGGCUGGAAGGUGAGGUUGCAGUGCAAACUGGAGAUCUGUUGCCGUGUAAGAUUUGUGGAAGAACUUUCUUUCCAGCAGCACUGAAAAAGCAUGGACCCAUUUGCCAAAAAACUUCUGCCAAGAAAAGGAAGACGUUCGAUUCCAGCCGACAGAGAGCAGAAGGAACUGACAUUCCCACAGUAAAACCUCUUAAGCCACGGCCAGAACCACCCAAAAAACCGUCUAACUGGAGACGAAAGCAUGAGGAAUUUAUAGCAACUAUACGAGCAGCCAAAGGACUUAAUCUUAAAGAUGGUGGAAAACUCCCUCCACCACCCCCACCAUCAUAUGACCCUGAUUACAUUCAGUGUCCGUACUGUCAGAGGAGAUUUAAUGAAAAUGCAGCUGACAGACACAUCAAUUUCUGUAAGGAGCAAGCUGCACGUAUUACUAAUAAGGGGAAAUUGGCAGCUGAUACCAAAGGGAAGCUUCCUGCUCGAACACAGUACAAACCUGCUGCGGUUAAGAAGAUGCCUUCUGUAGGAUCAACACCAUCACCAUCAUCACGCUUACCACAGCCAAGUGGUGUUAGCAAAACUGUUGUAGGUGCUUCUUCAAGUAAAGCUUCUUCUUCGUCUGGAUCCAGUGGGAGCAAAAUUCAAACGUUAUCACCAGCUCAUAAGAACUCACUGGGAAUGGUGAACCCACAAGCAGGGGGCACAACAAAAGCCCGGACAUCAACCCCUCCUAGCGUGGCAAGAGCCAUGAGCACGGGUGCUCUAACAAACAGAAGAAAAACUAGCAAUUCAGACAUUUACUUAAGGUCUGACGGGAAAACUGGGUAUGACAGUAGAGACUGCCCAUCCUCAGUCAACGGAGGAAGUGCAAAAAGCAGUGAAGGAAUUUCACCUGUGCAGUUAUCCAAGUUCUGCCAUGAAUGUGGAACAAAGUAUCCAGUGGAAUGGGCGAAAUUCUGCUGUGAGUGUGGAAUUCGAAGAAUGGUUGUGUGAACACAUUCUUAAAAGCAGAAAGAAAACAAGAAAUUGGAACAUCUGCUAGGUACUGUUGCAUGGAAAGCUUGAGCACUCCGUCCAGGUAGACUUCAUGCUGCAAACAUUGAAACACCAUUUUGUAAUUUUCUGAGUGCAAUCUUCUGGUUACACAGUUAUUUAUAAACAAAUACAUAUAUUGUACAUAAAAAUAGCAGCUACCUAAAACUGUGCCAUUCAAGGAAAUACUCUUUACUCUUUGUUGAAAAUAUUUAAAAGUAAGGUAAAAAUAUGUUAAGUAACCUAGGUAGCAGAAGUGGUUCAAUGUUUGGUUUUUUUUUUGUAAAUCCUACUAGACAAAGGAUUUUUUAAAUCACUUAUGUAGGGUAAUACUCACCUAGAGGGAACUAGCCAUGAACAACUUGGGCUUCAAAAGUUUCUCUGUGGAGGCAUUUCCUGCAUCUGUGACAGUAAUUUAGAUGCUGUUUUCUAAGUGAAAACACCAUGAGCAACUCCUUAUAAAUUCCUGGAUAAAAGUGUAAAAAGUCUGGAUCUUUAAACUCUUUAACAUUAAUAUGCUAAUUGGACUUUCCAGUUGCUUCCUAGGAUUUUUUUAAAGAAUCAAAGUGGAAAGACUACCUGAGAAUUCUCUUUGCAUGUAAGAAGAAAGGCAAGAUUUUCUUUUUGUGGCUUUCCAUGUUUUGUUUUUCAGUAAGAACAUGUUCAUAUUUUUAUCUAUUUAUAAUGAAAAAUAUGGUAUUCACUUUAUUAUGACUCAUUUUGUUAAGUUCCUUUUGUUUUGAAAUACUUGUCUUCCUCCUCCUGUGCUCCACCAUGACUAGCAUAUCUAAAGGUGUUGUGCUUUGUCUUUGUCCUAUUUCCAAAGGUCCUGCUCUUUUUUUUUUUUUUUGUCUCUUCCCUCAUUUCCUGAAAGUCGAAGUCUAUGCUUAUACUACCUAAAUGUUGAAUUCUUAUUUUGAAAACAGCCUUCUUGAUGUAUCCAAUACCAAAAAAAAAAAUUAGUUCUAUAAAAAUGAAUGCUAUUAGAGCAGUA